AUGGCUACCAACACAAAGGACACACUAGUCAUCUUUCCUACCAAAAUCCACACAACCUUCAUCAUCUUCCUAGGAAACAACAAAUCAGGAAAACCAACAAUGGAAUAUGGUAAUGGGAGUGCCAACAUGAAAAAGGAACACUACAUGGCAGAGGCCCUGAAACGGUAA